AUGGCUAACAGUCAUCUCGCCAAUCCAAGUCCUUUAGGAUUUGGUUGCUUUGCAACUACCUUGAUGACCCUUUCACUUUCACUGAUGGGCUUCCGUGGUGUCUCCAACCAGUCUGUGUUCAUAGGAAACCUUUGCUUCUUAGCAGGACUAGGCCUCCUCAUAUCUGCACAAUGGGAGAUGGUGAAGGGGAACACUUUCUCGUACACUGUCCUCGCCGCAUUCGGAUUUUAUUAUGGUGGCUACGGCGUAAUGCUGAUGCCCUCACUGGGUAUUGUGGAGUCCUACGGCGGUAAAACAUCCGAAUAUUAUAGUGCAUUCGCAUUCUAUCAGCUAAUUUGGUGUUUUCUGAAUUUUUUCUUCUUGCUUGCCUCUUUGCCAACGAAUGUUCCGAACAUCAUCGUUUAUGCUGCCUUGGAGUUAUGCUAUAUCUUAAAUUGUUCAGCGAACUUCAUAUUGGCAGAUGGCAGAAUGGCCUUAGGUGAGUCUCUCAUGACGACGGCUGGUGCCUUUGGUGCCGUAUCGGCGUCGUCUGGAUUUUACCUUCUGGGACAUGGUUUAUGCCAAGACACAUUUCCAUUUGAGAUUCCUCUGUGUCAAACGCGUGGGCUGUUUCGACGUGCAUCCUCUAUUCAUGAAUCCUCUAUCCGUGAGAAGAGUGUUGGAGUGUAUUCUGUUUGA